AUGGCUAACUCUACUCUCCUCGUAGCCCAAGCCCCGAGCGACACGGAAAAAAGUGCUGGGGACGUGAUAGGAGGCAAUUCCUACCAUCCCGGCAAUGCCGACUCUGAUAACGAUGGACUUGACGUACCAUGUCCGCCUCACACCACAGAACGGAAGCUCAUGACCCGGGUAGACUGGAGAUUGAUUCCGUUCCUGUGUGUUCUAUAUUUGCUGGCCUUCCUGGACAGGGUUAACAUUGCCAAUGCGAGGUCUUUCAGCCUAGUAGAGGAUCUGCACCUUGAGAAUCAUCAGUACAAUACCGCUCUCACCAUGUUCUUUGUGCCGUAUAUCAUUUUUGAAAUCCCGAGCAAUAUCUUGCUGAAACGGUUCUCGCCCCGGAUCUGGCUCUCCACCUGUAUGAUGGGAUUCGGCCUUGCUUCUGUGGGCCAGGGCCUCGUGCAGAACUACUCCGGUCUGCUUGCGACACGGUUCUUCCUGGGACUCUUUGAGUGUGGGAUGUUUCCUGGAUGCUUCUAUCUCAUCAGCAUGUGGUAUAAAAGGAGUGAAUCGCAGAAGCGCUACUCUUUGUUCUUCUCAUCCACCUCGCUGGCUGGUGCGUUCGGAGGUCUCCUGGCUUCUGCCAUAGGAAAGAUGGACGGCAUGCGCGGGUAUCACGGCUGGCGAUGGAUUUUCUUACUAGAAGGCGUCCUUACAUGCCUAGUCGCGAUCUUCUUUUUCUUCGUCUUCCCCACCUUUCCGGAGGAGGCUAAGUGGCUAACCGAGGAGGAGCGUGACUACAUAAAAGCUCGCCUCCAAGCCGACCAAGGCCACAAUGCCGCAGAGCGAACCAUCACAUUCGGGGAUGUUUUAACUGUCAUGAAAGACCACCGUGUCUGGCUUGGCGGCUUCAUGUACUUCGGACUGAUAGUUCCCGCGUACGGCUACGCAUUUUUCGCGCCGACGAUCAUUUCGACGUACCGCUAUGAUGCUAUUCAGACCCAGUUACAUAGCGUGCCUCCCUGGGCGGUCUCGUUUACCUUUUCCCUCAUAACGGCUACGAUAUCCGACUGGACACGUCACCGAGCGGCUUUCGCGCUCCUACCCCUUAGCCUAGGCCUCGCAGGUUUCGCCACCCUCCUCAAGGUCCACGACAACACCCCCGUUCAGUACGCGAUGCUUUGCUUCGUCACGAUGGGUACCUACAGCGUGUUGCCGAUUACGGUCUGUUGGUUUAGCAUGAAUCUCGGCGGCCAUCACCGUAGGGCUAUAGGCACUGCGUGGCAGAUAGGCUUCGGGAAUAUCGGCGGUAUCAUAGCAACCUUUGCGUUCCUUAGUGCCGACGCGCCGUUGUUUACGAAAGGUUAUUCGAUUUGUCUGGGAUUCACCUGCCUGAGCGGCGUCGCUUCGCUCCUAUAUCUCAUAUCGAUCUACCUGGAGAACCAGAGGAGAGCCAAGGCCGUUAGGAACGUAGGGCUGUCCGACUACGAGAAAUCAGAGCUGGGUGAUCUGAACCCCGAGUUUAGAUACAUGUACUAG